ACUGUCGAUUAUUUAAAUUAUUAUUGUAUUUAUAAAUGAAUGUUUGAAUAUGCAUUGCAUCAUGUAUGAUUUUACAAAGAUUUAAUUUUGAAUAAUUUUUGAGCAGACCAAAGCAAACAAUUAAACUGCAUAAAAUUCGGUGAUUGUGUCACUUCUCAUUUCACCAGUUUUGUGGACUAGGUGAUCUUAGGUUGUGACAAGAAUAUAAUGUAAUUUUGCCUUCCAAAUAUCCAACAAAAUGGAAUUGGAAACUCUAAAUCAUUUAAAUGAACAAUCUAAAGGAAAUAACCAGGAACCAUUACCUGGCUUUCCCAUGAUUCCAAAAAUUGAAACCGACUAUAACCAAUUAUCGGACGACCAAUUGUUACUGACCUGUCAUGAUUGUUUCAAAAUUUUCACUACAAUAAAAGAGUUGCAGUGGCACGAACGCGUCCACACUGGCAACUUAUAUAAAUGCAGUAACUGUGACAAACAAUAUACGAGGCGAAAUCACUUGCAAAGACAUGAAAAUUCACACACUCGGAGAAAAGUACAUGUUUGCAAGAUCUGCAGCAAGACGCUGGUGAGAAUGGAUCACCUCAAAAGACACCUGGUGACCCAUUUGAAGGAGAAACCCUUUACUUGUAAGACCUGCAACAGGGCUUUCAGCAGGACGGAAAGCUUGCAUAGACAUAUGCCUAGGUGUAAAAGUGACGUUGUUUACCCUUGUGAUACUUGCAACAAAACGUUCAAUCGAGAAGAUACUUUUGAGGUGCAUAAAAAGAUGCAUGGCAACCAACCCAAGCUGCCUACAAUAAAAGAUCUCGGGAAUAUAGAAGAACACUACUACCAGGUUGAUCAAGAUGUUGAUGCCACACUUUCUGAUUACUCUGAUGUGGAUGACUGUUUUGAAUCCAAAGUGGAGGUGACGGAAAGCAUGGAUGAGGAUCGAAAUAAGAAGGUAAUAGAUAUAGGGUCGAAUGACGAUAAUAGUAUGGAAGAAGUAGCGGAGUGUUUAAAAAAUGGAGGUGGUCACAAAAAAGACAUGAAGGUUGAGGAUACGUGGGAAAUCAAUAAUAUUGCGGGGGAUGGAGAGAGUUUAAAAAUUGAUGAGGUGGGUUACACGAGUGUGGUGAAAGUAGAGGAUACUUCAAAAAUGGAGGAAAAUAAUCUACAACAUACAGAAGGCGUAGAAAAAGAGGAAGUAGAUUACACAAUGGAGGUGAAGAAAGAGGAUACUUCUGAAACGGAGGAUAAUAUCGUAGAGGGUGAAGGAAGUGUAGAAAAUGAAAUUGAUUAUGUAGAGGUGAAAAUAGAGGAUAAAUUGGAAAUGGAGGAUAAUAUUUUAGAGCAUGGAGGUAACACAGCCGAAAUAAGAUGUGACGCUGGGGGAUAUCCUGAAGACUGUACGGAUUCAGAAUAUCUCCCCAAAAAGAGUCUAUCGAAAAUCAAACGUGGUCGUGGUAGACCACGUAAAAACCCGCUUUCAAAAGCGGAAGUUCAUAAAUGCAACAUAUGCAAUAAGGAAUUUAGUAGGGCCAAUAUUUUAAAGACGCACAUCACUUCUCAUUCCACUCUUAAACCUUUCCGCUGCGAUGUGUGUUCAAAGGGCUUUAAUCGAAAGGAUCACUUGGUCAACCAUAUAAAGUUGCACAAUAAGGACAAUGGUUUUGAAUGUGACAUAUGCAAGAGGACAUUUAGCCAAGCUGGAUAUCUGUCAAUGCAUAAGGCUGCAAGACAUGACACCGAAGGAAAGAUCAUAGAUGAGCAAAGGUAUGAAUGUUCCUUGUGCCUCAAGAGAUUUAAGAGUGAGAAAUACCGGGAUAUUCACGUUAACGGACAUAACGGACACAGGGAUUACCAAUGCAAUGUGUGCGAAAGAACUUAUCUCACCAAGGCCCGCCUUAUGGAACAUAUGAAAUCCCACGGCGAACGUUUCAAGAAGUUCCUCUGCUCCGAGUGCGGCCAGCGGUUCAUCAGGAACGACUAUCUGGAAAUCCACAUGCGCCGACAUCGGGGAGAAAAGCCAUUUAAGUGUAAAUACUGCGACAAAGGCUUUACAAGAACGACGGAUUUGACUAUUCACGAGAUAGGCCACACUGGGGAAAAGAGUCACUUAUGUAUGGUUUGCGGUAAAGGGUUUGGAAGGUACAUUCCGUUUUGCCUCCAAAGACACUUAAAAUUAUUAUAUUUGACGUUUCUUAGGGCCUACAAUUUAACGGUACACAUGAGGACCCACACUGGAGAAAAACCGUAUCAGUGCACAUACUGCGUUGCUGCAUUUGCUCAAAGUAACGAUCUUAAAACUCACAUUCGGACGCACACGAAGGAACGGUUCCGAUGUGACCUGUGUAGCAACAGCUUCCUCGUGGGCCAUUUGCUCACCAAGCACAAACGAACAGUUCAUGGUUUAAAUGUUAUUGGUAAUAAACAACGACUACAACCUGUCCAAAACAAGAACUUGGACAAACCAUCUCCGCCUAUAGUUCCUGUUUCCAGUUAAUAGGAGAUAAACGACAGUUUAUUUUGUAUCGGUAAAUCGAAAUUUAAAUAAUUUUUAUCCUCGUUUACAAAUUUUAUUGAGAACACAUUUUUUCUUCGAUGUUUUCUUUUUCAUAUGCAUUUGUCUUUGUAUAUACAUAUUCACAAAUAUAAUGAGGUCACUAUUUUACUACAAAAUAACGUUUUUUUUUUGUGGUCUUGCAAUGUCAGUUAUAUUUUCACUUCAUGUAUUUUUUAUUCAGAAAA